UGCCCGAUCUGUCUCUCCAUCGUUCGCUCUACGCAUACCUUCAUGGAGUGCCUGCAUCGUUUCUGUCAGGAAUGCAUUGAAAAGUACCUGAGAUUAGGGCAGAAAGAAUGUCCCAAGUGCCGCGUUAAGGUGUCGUCCAGGAGAGCUUUACGUGCCGAUCCUCAAUUUGACAAGCUCAUCCAAGCGUUCUAUCCGGACAUCGAUGCGUAUGAGGAGAAGGAAGAGGAGUUUAUCUCCAAGGUC